AUGAACAAACACAACGUAUACGUCGGUACUGACUCGCUGAAGAAAUACUUCGACCCAGACUGUCAGCCUCCUUUGCCUCUCGUAGAGCUGCCACCUUAUUUGAACCCUUACGAUCAAGAUGGGGUACGGAUCUAUGCCAAAAUGAUGACCAUGCAUCCGGCCAACAAUGUUAAAGCAAUGCCGGCAUUGAACAUGCUCGAAUCUAGUGUUGUGCCUGGCGAGACUGACAGGAUCAUCGAAUACAGCUCCGGAUCCACAGUAAUUUCAAUGUCAAUGGUCGCCCGAGUCAUGCACGGGGUAAAUGACACCCGGGCCUUCAUGAGCAACAAAACCAGCAAUGCAAAACUGAAGCUGAUGCAAUUUUUCGGUCUCGACAUUACCUUGUUUGGUGGACCAUCCCAACCAGAGCCGUUAGACAAACGAGGCGGCAUUCAAAAUGCCCGAAGAAUGGCUCUGGAGUCCGCGACAAGUGUUAACCCCAAUCAAUACGAAAACAACAACAACUGGCAGUCCCAUAUCCGAUGGACCGGACCACAGAUCUUCAAGCAAUUACCUGAAAUCAACGUUCUCUGCGCUGGUAUGGGCACCUCUGGCACCAUGACCGGUCUAGGAACCUAUUUCAAAGACGUCAAGCCAUCUGUUCAUCGACUUGGUGUUUGUACAGCCCCUGGUGACCGGGUACCUGGGCCUAGGUCGUAUGCUCUACUGCGCCCUGUUGAGUUUCCCUGGAAAGCAGCGGUAGAUACCAUCGAGGAAGUUGGGUCGGUCGAGUCAUACACUCACUCCCUGAAUCUAUGCCGAGAGGGAUUGGUGUGUGGCCCAUCAUCCGGAUUCAACCUCCAAGGACUCUUCCAGAUGCUGGCAAAGCGCAAGGCUGCAGGAACCCUGUCCGAGCUCGCAGGGCCGGACGGCACAACCCAUUGUGUAUUCCUCUGCUGCGACCUACCGUAUCAGUACAUUGAUGAGUACUUCCAAAAGCUGGACGAGCAGCAAUUUCCCCCAAUCCGAAACGAGCGCCUGACAGAAGUUGACCUGCAUCGAUAUGAUGAGAGCUGGGAGCGGGAUGCAUUAGAGGUCCUGCCCCAAUUUUAUGGAUCACCGCGAUCCCUUGCGCAAAGACUAUUGAGCAAGAUUGUCCUCAAGCCGCAGAACCGGGUUCUGGAUCUGCGCCAGCCAGACGAUUUCUCUGCGUGGCACCUCCCUGAUUCGAUUAAUCUGCCAUUGUCGAGUAUUGGGCCUCACAUCCCGUCACCGUUUUCGGAUCCGGGUGUUCUGGAGGCGCAAUGGGUGGAGUUGGAGAAGAUAUUCAAGGAUGACGUCUUGGUCUCAGAUCUGGGACGGCAUCAUGUUCUCGUGGUAUGCUACGAUGGGAAUUCGGCACGCGUGGCUACCAGCGUUCUUCGAGCGAAGGGCCUCGAGGCAGACAGUGUGCGUGGAGGUUACCGUGCGCUGAGAAUGUGUGAAAUCGGGAGUGAGAACCCGAUAUCCACUGCCAAGGGGCCUAUUACAGCUACUGUGUCUGUUGAAGUGGUUCCCCUUGAACAGAGAACCUAA